AUCACCACUUUUUAAUCACCAUCAGCAUCUGUAAUAGUGUGGGAAAGCUCUAGUUUAUUUUGUUCUAUUGCAACACCAUAGUGAUUUAUUUGUCUGAGGAGCUGGUAAUUUAAUUUGUCUCUCUUUGCUUACAAGCAGAACAGCAGCCUGCCAGAUCUUCUAUAGAGUGCAGGGCCGGAUGUCAUGGAUUUUAGAAGAGUGUAUAAACUGCAGGCCCUAGUGCAUCUAGACAGGCAGGCUCUAACCCCCCAGAGGGCCAAGCAGCUAAGUUUACUGCACAACCAUGUGAAGAUCAUAGGAGAUAUCAUAUCAUUUCUUCAAUGCAAUGUCUUUGCAGAAAAGAAAACCAAGGAGGAAGGGUCACCAGAGGCAGCAGAGAUCAAGGAGAGUGAUUUGGAAAUUGAUGGUGAUGUUGAACCAGAUCUGGAUGGUUCCCAAGAAAUAGGAGAUGAACAUUUGGUAGUAACAAAUGAAUUGAUAGACUCUGCCAACAGAAAAAGGAAAGAGGCCUUUUCCUCUCUAGAGAAAGGUGACCUUCAGAAAGCUAUGGAUUUGUUCACAGAUGCUAUCAAGCUGAAUCCUCACUUCCACCUCUCAUAUGUUAAUCGAGCCAGUGUCUUUUUGAAACUACAGAAGCCAAAUGCUGCCAUUAGAGACUGUGACAGAGCCUGUGAGCUUAACCCCAAUUCAGCACAGUCUUACAAGUGGAGAGGGCAAGCACACAUGCUCCUGGGAUGCUGGGAAAAGGCAGCUCAGGACUUGACCUUGGCAUGUCAACUGGAUUAUGAUGAAAACACUUAUACCAGGCUAAAAAAGGUGCUAAUGGCUGAGAAGAUUGCUGCACAUCAGGCAGAGUAUGAGCAAAAAUGUGCAUUAAGGGAGAUACAGGAAAGGCUGGAAAGGGUGAAACUGGCCUUGGAGGAGGAAGAAAGAAUCCAGAGGGGGGGAAAUUACUGGCAGGACAUGGUUAGAAAAACUCACAGACAGCUGAAAUUUUUAAUAACCUCACUAGAUCCAGGAGUUCUGAUCACUUUUUUGGAUGUAGUCUGGAACCCAGAAAACAUUUACAAAUACUGUGACAUACAAAAGUAAAGUUUACCUGAAAAAGAGGACUGAUCAUUGUCAACCAGAAAUGAUUUCUUAUUCCAAUUAAAACCACCAUCUCUGAUGUGAU